AUGGCCUGCAUUCCAGUCAGAACAAAGGGCAGUACCAAAUGUUUACAACACAAGCAGAAAGAUGUCAUAUUUUAUUGUGCGACGUGCAAAACUUUGGUGUGUCCAACGUGUGGUAUCUCGGAUAGGUACUGUAAACAGCAUGACCUACACGAUAUCUCUGAUGUAGCUACGGAAAAGACAGAGGAGAUACGAACAUUCAUGAACAACGUCGAGAGCAGAGAACUCCCAAAACUGAAACUUGAAAUCCGAUCAAUCGGUCAAAAACUGACAGAAAACAGUACACUGUUUCAUGAUCUGUGCAAGAAAAUGAGAGUACAAGCGAGCAGGUGUAAAGAAGAAAUAGACAUUCUGACAUCGGAAUUCGUUUCCCUUUGUGGCAGGAUGGAAAAUACGAAUGCAACACUGCUUCGGGAUUAUCAAAAAGAAUUACAAAACAUACACGACAGUCUUGUACAGAAAACAGACGAGUGUAAACACACUCUACAAAAAGGCACCAAAAUCGAGAUUUUCGAUGCCGCUGGUGAUUUACCGGAUCUCGAGAAACCAAUAAUACCGGAAGUACAGGAAAUGGAGACAGUUGAAUUUAAACCACAGGAAGUUACCAGGUAA